AUGACGGAGAUAACAGCGGAGAUGGAAAGACUAAGAAUUAACAUCUUGGCGUUGACGGAAACAAAACGUAAAGGCUACGGGACAGAGAUAGUAGGAAAGUACGUUCACCUAUACAGUGGUAUCCCAAAAGAAUGUCGUGCGAAAAGGGGAGUCUCAAUACUUGAAGAUAAGAAACUCAAAAACUGUGAAGCAAUAAACGAAAAUAUCAUCAAAAUGAAUAUGGAUGUUCAUGGAAGACGGAUAACCAUAGUUGGAGUUUAUGCCAUAUCAGACGAUGAAUCUGUUACUGUGAAGGAUGUCUUCUUUGGGAAUCUCAACGACGUAUUAGAGGACAUUGGUGACACCAGAGAUUGUAAGAGUCAGACGGGUAAGAAGACAAAUGAUAUAAUUGUAGAUAACACAAAUGACAAUGGCAUGCGCCUCAUCGACUUGUGUACACAAAACGAACUGAAAAUUACAAAUGGCUUCUACAAACAUAAAAUGAUAUACAACGACAACCAACGAGAAAGCUGA